CACAAAUUGAAGUGAUACCAUGCAAAAUUUGUGGCGAUAAAUCCUCUGGGAUCCACUACGGAGUCAUCACGUGUGAAGGUUGCAAGGGAUUCUUCAGGAGGAGCCAGCAGAACAAUGCCUCUUACUCCUGCCCAAGGCAGAGAAACUGUUUAAUUGACAGAACCAACAGGAACCGUUGCCAACACUGCCGACUGCAGAAGUGUCUUGCCCUAGGAAUGUCAAGAGAUGCUGUAAAGUUCGGGAGGAUGUCCAAGAAGCAGCGGGACAGCCUGUACGCUGAGGUGCAGAAGCACCAGCAGCGGCUGCAGGAGCAGCGGCAGCAGCAGAGUGGGGAGGCAGAGGCCCUUGCCAGGGUGUACAGCAGCAGCAUCAGCAACGGCCUCAGCAACCUGAACACUGAGAGCGGCGGCACCUACGCCAACGGGCACGUCAUUGACUUGCCGAAAUCCGAGGGAUAUUACAACAUAGAUUCUGGUCAGCCAUCGCCCGAUCAGUCAGGACUGGACAUGACUGGAAUCAAACAGAUAAAGCAAGAACCUAUCUAUGACCUCACAUCCGUACCCAACUUGUUUACCUAUAGCUCUUUCAACAACGGGCAGUUAGCUCCGGGGAUAACAAUGACUGAGAUCGAUCGAAUUGCACAGAACAUCAUUAAGUCCCAUCUGGAGACAUGUCAGUACACAAUGGAAGAGCUACAUCAGUUGGCAUGGCAGACCCACACCUAUGAGGAAAUAAAAGCGUAUCAAAGCAAGUCCAGGGAGGCUCUGUGGCAGCAGUGUGCCAUCCAGAUCACCCACGCCAUCCAGUAUGUGGUGGAGUUCGCAAAGCGGAUUACAGGCUUCAUGGAGUUGUGUCAGAACGACCAGAUUUUACUUCUGAAGUCAGGUUGCUUGGAAGUGGUGUUAGUGAGAAUGUGCCGUGCCUUCAACCCAUUAAACAACACUGUUCUGUUUGAAGGAAAAUAUGGAGGAAUGCAAAUGUUCAAAGCCUUAGGUUCUGAUGACCUGGUGAACGAAGCAUUUGACUUUGCGAAGAAUCUGUGUUCCUUGCAGCUGACUGAGGAAGAAAUCGCUUUGUUCUCCUCUGCUGUUCUGAUAUCCCCAGACCGAGCCUGGCUGAUAGAACCAAGAAAAGUCCAGAAGCUUCAGGAAAAAAUUUAUUUUGCACUUCAACAUGUGAUUCAGAAGAAUCACCUGGAUGACGAGACCCUGGCAAAGUUAAUAGCCAAGAUACCAACUAUCACGGCAGUCUGCAACUUGCAUGGGGAGAAGCUGCAGGUAUUUAAGCAAUCUCAUCCAGACAUAGUGAAUACACUGUUUCCUCCAUUGUACAAGGAGCUCUUUAAUCCUGACUGUGCUGCGGUCUGCAAAUGAAGGGGAUGAGAACUCUCAGUCACGGAAUGCAUCGCCGCUAAGACAAAAGCAAUGUGUUCAUGGAGACUUAAGGAAAAUGUCACUACUGCAACAUUAGGAAUGUCCUGCACUUAAUAGAAUUAUUUUUCACCGCUACAGUUUGAAGAAUGUAAAUAUGCACCUGAGUGGGGCUCUUUUGUUUGUUUGUUUGUUUGUUUUUGAAAUGAUCAUAAAUAUACAAAUAUAGGACACUGGGUGUUAUCUUUUUUAAUUUUAUUCGGGUAUGUUUUGGAGACAACCGUUUAUAGAAUUUUAUUGUAGAUAUAUACAAGAACAGAGCCGUACUUUACAUGGUUACUUUUCCUGUUGAUUGUUCAAAUAUAAUUUAAGGAAAUUCCACUUACUAGGCUUACCUAUUUCUAUGUUUUUAGAUAGUUGAUGCAUGUGGAAAUUCGUAACUGUCUUGGAAAGUACUGUGCAUGUAUGUAAUGAAUAUAUAAUAUGGAAGAGUAUUAUAUAUGACUAUUACGUAUUCAUGCACUGUGGCUUCAAAUACCAUGCCCACUAGCAAUGGAGGUUCAGUCAGGUUUUCUCAUGUGAUUUACUACUUUCUGUUAUACAUUACUUUUAUGUUAGAUAAUCAGGGUUUUCUUUUCCAGCCAGAGUUUUCUGCCCAUACAUAACAACAGGAUAGUCCCCAUUCAGAAGCAAGUCUACAAAGGUAUCGGUGUGACAUAGAGCAGCUUUCUCAAAGCUCCACCUCUACCAAUGACUUGAAAGCCCUGACAAGACAGCACAUGGUGGGGGGAUGGGAUUUGAAGCCAUUUUCCUGUUCCAUAAAUCAGGCUGUAAACCAGACAAUAAUAUUUUUUUUACUACAAUGCAAAAUAUUAGGUUUUCCCCCAUUUGGAUUUAGAUUUCAAAUUGUGAAAGAAACUUAACUUUGAUGCUUAUUAUUUCUUUAGCAAAAGAGAAAAACUCAGUCUAAGAACCAUGACCACCAUCAAUGUUUUUAGAAACAUUUGACUAGAAGUGUAAAACAAGGCCCCAGUGCUAUUUUGUGUAGUCAUUUUCUAACCAUUUCCCCCCAAAGAACAGAAAGAAAUAGAACAUACAAAGUAAAGAAGUAAUUCAUUCAAUUCAUACUCAUUAUAAUUUGUUAGAAAGCACGUCAAUAAAAAAGAGUAAGCAGUCUAGAGCCUAGGACCUCCAAUUUUUUCAACUUCAAAAUGCUGUAUUAUAAAAUAGAGCAAAAAUUCAAAAUAUUAGACAAAAAUGCUGUAUUAUAAAAUAGAGCAAAAAUUCAAAAGAUUAGAAAAGAAAAAAAUAAUAUAUAUAUAUAUCCCAAGGCCGAAAUUCUUUCCUACACAGAUGUAAAUGCCAUCCUCUGUCCAGACAUACUGGUUAUUUUUUAGCCACUUAAAAGAACAGAAUGCAAGGAUGCUCUAUGCAGGGUCUUCACCCAUGCUCCUAUGAAAUUAACCAUCAGAAAAGCAUGAGCCAUUUGUUCUUCUAGUCCCUGGAAGGCCUGGGCCUUUAAUCCGAUCUAGUCCAAAGUAACACUUUCGAAGAAACAGCCAGGGGACACACUCAUGUAUAAGACAUGAUGUACUGUAAGUGUGGCAUGGCCCCUAGCUUAUAAAAACCUGCCCUUUCUCCUUGUGCUCACACACACACACACACACACACACACACACACACACACACACACACCAUGUGUUUCACUAAUAGAAGCUUUGUUUUUGGUUUUGUUUUUUGGUUUUGUUUUGUCUUUAAUUUCUUAUGUUCUCCUGAAGUUCCUGGCUGAGAGUCAUCUCCAAGACGCCUCAGAACUCUGUAGGAUAAUCCAAACAGUAAUGCUGUUCAUCUUUCCUUUCCAAAAACAGGGGCUUUUGCUCACCUCAUGAUUGAUGAAUUCCAAGCCAUUGGGGGGAAACAAAAGGCUUUAAAAUAAUGAAUCUCUUUUUCAACCACUGUUAUAUUCAAUUAAUUUAACUACAUUGAACCAAAUUACCUUUGGUUCUGAGAAGACAGCUGUAGACUGCUUAUUAUGCUGCUACAGGGACCUAGUUCUUUCUGGUGUAAAUGUCACUCCUGCUAGCUCUUUGUAUAAAGAAUUAAUUCCAAGAGUCAUAUUUCCUUCUAAUGGAAAGAUACUUUUCUGAUUGCUAGGAAAACAGGGUAAUGGAAGGCACUCAACUAAACCAAGCUGCUUCCAAAUGCGAUGUAUGUUUUAUGAUUGGCUUGUGAUAGGCAAUGCUUACUGUGUCUUCUUGGCGUUCCCCUUUGAGCUUUGAACUCAUGUCAAUCUUUGUUUUCAUUGUUCUGGUUCCCAUUGUCAGCCUGUAAAGCCCGCUGGGCUGCAAAGGGAAUCAUUUGUUGCCUCCAGUUUACCUUAGAGGAUUUACAUUGGCUCAAUUGAUGAAGUAGCUGAGAAUUUUUUUUCUCCUUUGCCCCACGGGUGGUGUAGGAAAAGAUUAUUCCCCACAUUUGCCUCAGGGGGUACUGGUUUUGAAAUUGUGUCAUUUCCACUAGUGCUAGCAUUUCACUGGGACAGCGUGAACCUUUUGAAGCAAAGGGACAGGAAACAGAGCUAGGAACUGAACCAGAACCAAACAGUGGUAACCAGUACAGGCACAGCCCGCUUUCCAUCCAGAGGAGAGAGCUCCAGUUUUGGCUGCAGUUGCCAACUUUUCCCUUAAAAGAGGAUCAAGUCAUGUUUUUAAUGGUAAGAAAGCCUUUAAACACUGUCCUUUGAACGGCUCAGUGACUACAUGAAAUCUCAGUAAGAAAAACUCUCUUUUACCACACACAGUCUCAGCAUGCUGUUCCUUCUGAGAACUGGCCAAUGUUCAAAGUGUGCUAGCAUGAGGCUCGCUCUGGAAGAAGGGGCUGGGGUCUGUAGUCUCCUUCAUGCCUCAAGGAUGACAAUCACGACUUGAUGUAGAUGUUGCACUGAAUCUGCUCAGGGAUGCUUCAUUUAAAAAAAAAAAAAA